GGAAAUUGAAAUUCUGUCUUCUGAUGACAAGCAAUACCAGAAGUUAUUGUCGGAAAUCAAUCAAAUGGAAAAAGAGUCUAAGUCAGCUCUUACUGAGAUAAUAGAUUCUUGUCAGAGCCGAGUUAUUCAUGUCGAUAAUCCGCCGUUAGGAAUUAAAGGCGGUAGUAGUAAGGAAUUGGAGUUAAACAAAAAGAAAAGGAACAAUUCUCGCCAAAAAGUUUUAGAACAUUUGAACAGCAAAGACUGUAAAAAUAUUUAUAACCCUUCAAAAUUACAAAAGUUAAGUGCAACUAAAACUAAAAAAGAGUCAGAAGGAGAAAAGAAUGAAAACGUUAGAACAAGCAAAGACGCUGAAGAUGAAUCCGAAAAAGUUUCAGUAGAAAAUAAUAAAAUUGAGUCAGUUGUGGAAAAAGAAGAUAAAGGUGAAGCAAACAAUAAUGAAAAAGAACUUAAAAGUA